UUCCGAACCCGAUCCAGAACCUUCUUCUUCCAAAAAAUACUCAACUUAAAAAAAAAGUGCCAUGGAAGGCCUCCCGAAGCUGCCCGGGUUCGACUUUGCGAACCGGCUCCGCCAGAAACACCACGUGCCGCAGUCGUUCAAGUACACCAAGGGCUACCCGGUGCCGGAGAAGCCGAUCUGCGGCAUCGGGGGCGAGCUGCUCAACGAGGACUCGAUCUACUUUUGCACCGACCAAACGGACGAGGUGCUGUACGAUCCGAUUCUGACGUACGGACGCGUGCGGCACCUGCCGGUCAAGCCGUUCCGGCCGCACUUUGUGCUGUACGACCAGAAGACGCUCAAGUUUAGUGCGUUUUUUAGGCAGGGCGUUCCGGAGUCUCCGCGGGAGACUUUUCGGAUUCGGUACGUGAACAUUUUGUACUUUUUGGAGGAUAAUAGCAUGACGGUGCUGGAACCGACGGUGGAGAAUUGUGGGUACCCGCAGGGUCGGUUGGUGCGGCGGGGGAAGAUUGCGAAGAACUGUUUGGGGGAGUUGUACAGCUGGAAGGAUUUGAACAUUGGGAUUGAUUUGGAGAUUAACGGGUACGUGUUCCACAUUACGAAUUGUGACCCGUUUACGAAGGAGUUUCUGCUGAGCAAUGGGAUUGAGUUGAACGAGAUGGAGUUUGCGCCACCGGAUCCGGCCAUGAAUGAGCGGUCGAUUAGUGCGCGGCAGAGCUUCAAACACCACAAGAUGUAUCCGGUGGCGGAGGAUAAGCUGCGGAAGUAUCUGGAGUAUCAGGGGAAAGUGUUGCACUUCGACUGCCUCCUGGAUGAGGAGGAUCAACCGGGCGGGGAGAAGAUGACCUACAAGAUGUUCUACUUCCUGGAAGACGAUACAGUGUCGAUCAAGGAGUUGAAGGAGAACCAGGAAGGACGCGACUACUUUCCAAUGAUGCUGCGCAAGCAGAGAUUGCCCAAAAACUGGAAAGAUUUGCCGGUGACGUACCCGUCCAUCAGCAUGGAACUGUCCAGCGCCGAAACGUCCCAGUACUACUCGCCCCGUGACCUGCUCGUGGGCGGAACCAUUUUCGUGUUCGGACGCAAGUUUCUUCUCCUAGACUGCGAUCAAUUUACGCGCCGCUACUACGAACGCGUGCUCAAGAUCAUCCAACCGGACGCGGUCCGCGUCAAAUCCCCAGAACCACGCACCCCAAAGCCAACGCUGCCAAUCUACCUGGGCCUAGGAACGCCGGAAGACUCAAUCGCGUCCCACCACAGCCUGGUUCCGCGCAGUCCGCGCAAGGACGUGGUCACCUACCUGGUCAACAUGAACAAGCACCUGCGGUACGGUUGCGUCCUGGACAACGCACACCCGGAGGACACAAUCCGAAAGUUUGUGCUCAGUUUAUCGCUGGCCGAUGGCACAAUCACCAUCAUGGAGUCAACGAUUCGAAACUCCGGCAUCCGCGGCGGACGUUUCCUCUCCCCGACCAAGGUGUGGAAACCGGACUGCGACCCAAACGCCCCAGAAUACUACACGGCCAAGGACUUUUACAUCGGGGCCAUCAUCAUCGUGCACGCGCACCGCUUCCGCAUCGUAAGCUCGGAUUUGUACGUGUACCGCUACAUGCAAGCCCAUCCGGAGAUGUUUUCUACCACCGCGAUUGAAACCGUCCAAGCGUACCUCCUCGCCGAGGGCCACCUGAAGGAAGACCUUCGCCAAGCCAUCGCCGAGGACUGCAAACGCCACCCCCCGGAAGACGUCGUCGACUACGCGACCGAACCGCGCGGAAUCGGCGAAGUGGACAAACGACUGGAGAAUUUCACCCUGGAAGAUGCGAAGAAAGACGAGCAAAUCAUGGCAGCGGUCGCCGCUGCGCGGCACGACUGCCCCUCGCCGGUCAUUCCGGACGAGGAGAUCAAGAAGGGCUACCACUCGAACGAGCACGGCGAACUGGCCCUGCAGGGACAAAUCGAGGGCGACGAGGUGGUUCGGGUAGGCAAGUCGGUGCGCUUCGAUGACCAGUGCUAAGGCGGAGGUUACUUACCGGU